CAUUGAUUCGAGUGAAACUUUAUGCACCUCAUAGAGCGAGCGAUAUGCGAUCCUAUAACGCGAUUGACGAGAGUCUCUCGGAGAGCGCUGAGCGAGCGAACGAGUUAUGCGCACCAGCAGCGGCGCCGGCACUCGGAACAGUCGGAACCGUAGACUCGCGCGGCGGCGCCGGCGCCUCUCCUCUACACUAUACAAGUAUAUACAUGUGUCAUUGUGUAUUCGCGUGUGCGCUAGAUAUUGCCAGUCUCGCGGCCUCAGCCCUCCGCGACAGCUCCAGCAGACUCUACCCUCUCGAGUCCUCGUAUCUAUCGAGAGACGCACGGCGCUCGUUCCGGAGUAAAAUUUUAAUCGCAGUGUUGCAGGAAGCCUACCUGCGAUGCAGCAGUCCGCAGAGGGGGAGUGAGCUCGCGCGCGGAUUCGCGAAUAGCGUAGCGUCGUCUGCUGCCUCGUCGCCGCAGCGGAGAGUAAAAACACUGCAGUACGCAAGCACCGGCUCCGUAUAGUCAUACCUAUAUACGUGAGCGUACAUCCACGAGUUGCCCGAACGAGACAUGUUCGAGCCAGGGCUGCUGCUUUACUCGUCGGGAAGAAAGAGAGGACAAUGGACCGGGCAGAGAGGAUUGUUCCGCUGAUGACAGCUGCUCGUCGUUCCAUGUCUCCGCUGCCGCUGAUUAGUUCGCGAAUGAACGAUGAAUUUCCAAGAGGACAAGUUGGCGAAGAUGGCCGGCUCGCCGACUAGCAUCGAGAACCAGAUCGACAGCUUCCUGGAGCAGUUCAAGCGCAGCGCCUCCAGAGCCAUGGAGGAGCAUCAUCGACGAUCGAGCCUCUACAACGCCAGCAGCAUCAGCCGCAGCCGCAGCGGUAAUCUCGACCUCGAGGUUCUCGAAGCCGAGGAUGCGGAGAGCAUGACUGGCGAGAUCGAGAACGGCGAGCUGGCCGUUCGGGACGUCGCGGACCUUCUCCAGCCGCAGUAUGCCAUCAUAACCGGUGGCAAGACUCGGGAGGGAUGUCCCAUCAUCACGUUCCCGGACAAUGGCAACUUUCACAAUCUGACUGACCUCGACUAUCAGCGGCUCAUGCUCUACCUCACCUCUGUUCCGACCUUGCACGAAGCGGAUCUGGGCUUUCAUUUGGUCGUCGAUCGGAGGACCGACAAGUGGAAUUCCGUUAAGACAGUCCUGCUAAAAAUUUCAGCUUUCUUUCCCGGCCUGGUUCACGUCGUCUACGUACUGCGGCCGGUGGGCUUUCUGCAAAAGGCCAUUUCCGAGGUGUCGAACAAGCUGUUCCGCGAGGACUUCAAGUUUCGGGUCAUCGUUUUGGCGAACGUCUUCGAAUUGCAUGAGCUCAUAGAGAAGGAUCAGCUGACCGAGCAGCUCGGCGGAGAGCUCGCCUAUUGCCACCACACUUGGAUACAAAACAGAAUAAGCCUCGAGAAGUUCUCCUCGAUGACGCAGGACGUGUCGCUGGCUCUGGACUCGUUCACGCGCAGGCUGGCCGAGGUCGAGUUCCCGAACAACACAAUCGCAACGACGACACUGCUGAGCCAGCAGCAGGCCGAGUACAACGAGCUCAAGGAGGAGAUCCUAAGCGCGGCCAGGCACGGCGAGGCUCUUCUCGACAGUGUCAGGCAGCUCACUGGCAAGGCCACGGCCGACAGACUCGGUAAUGUCGCGGCCGUCGAGAGGCUACUCGUUCAACUCGAAGAGACAGAGCGAACUUUCGACUUGUUCUGGUCGCACCACAGCUCACGAUUGAGACACUGCCUGGCCCUCCGACAGUUCGAGCAAGAUUUUCGGGAGUUGCAAGCAAACCUUGGUCAGCAUCUUAAAACUAUCGAGGAGAUGACGGAAGUAGGCGAAACGCAAUCCAGAGUCGACCAACUACUGCGCGACACCUCCACGUUUCAGAGGAUAUGCAGAGGAGACAUAGACAGAGCCGAGGAGGUAAUAACCGCCGGACAGCAAUUGCUAUCGGGAAGACACCAAUGUCCAGCCGAAGUAGUCGAACCAAAAUGCGCAGAGCUGCAAAGAGUUUGCACAAUUUUAAGCCAGAGACUGGAGAGAAGGUUGCACACACUCACCAAAUGCAGGGAGCUUAUGGAGCACAUUGAUAAGGCAAACACCUGGUGCACACGUGGAAUAGAAUUGUUAGCGGCCCAAAACAGUUCGACUCCAGCAGAUCAAGCCCUCCAAGAGCUGCAAUCUUUAAUUGAAGCCGCAGAAGAAUUUCAUCACCCAAGAAGUAUAUUUGAAGAUUCUAUUAUGCCAGAAACCAAAGCACUUGUCACUCAGGUUUUACAAAGGAUAGAAGAUGUUUCAGUGAUGUGUGAUAAAAGAAUAAUGAGCCUUAAGCAACAACUUAUGAAACCAGCUAGACCAAUCCAAACUGUUACUCCAGAACCAGCAAAACCUCUGCAGCCCGCCCCACAGUGUAUUAGACCUGGAAGAAUUUUAAAGAAAGCUAACACGAUGCCAAGGAUGGAAAUGGGACCCGUUGAGGGAGGUGAAAUAUCAUCCCCAGAGAGCGAGCCUCGAGACGGUGAAGCUUUGCGAUUGAAGCGUGGUCAUGUACUAACAGAACUGGUGGAGACCGAGCGUAUAUACGUAGCUGAACUAGGCUCUAUUAUCAAGGGAUAUAAAAUGGAAAUGAACAAUGAGGCUUUGGCUCAUCUCGUACCUGCACCGCUCGUCGGUAAAGGCGACGUUCUCUUUGGCAAUUUGGAGGACAUUUAUCUUUUUCACAGAGACACCUUCCUGAGGGAUCUUGAGAAUUGUAUAUCUAAUACUGAGCUUGUGGCCUUGUGUUUCGUACAAAGGAGAGAGAUUUUCUUUAGGCUGUACAGUUACUAUUGUCAAAAUAUUCCACGAUCUGAGAGGCUUCGAGAACAAAUUCAAUCAGAACCGCAAUUUCUUGUGACCUGUCAGCAAAAGCUCGGCCAUAAAUUGCCAUUGGCUGCAUAUCUGCUUAAACCUGUACAGCGCAUCACCAAGUAUCAACUUCUGCUGAAGGAUCUACUAAAAUACAGCGACGAGCAGUCGUGCUGUGUUGAAUUGCAAGAAGCUCUAGAUUGCAUGCUCGUUGUGUUAAAGUGCGUUAAUGAUAGUAUGCAUCAAACGGCAAUUACGGGAUUCGGGGGUGACUUGAAUGCUCAAGGUGAGCUUCUUUUGCAAGGUUCGUUCAGCGUCUGGAGCAGUAGUAAACGGGAACGCUUGCUACGACUAAAGCCAUCGCAACGUCACAUUUUUUUGUACGAAAUGGCUGUGAUAUUCUGCAAACACAGUAAGCCUCAAGCGCACACCAAAGCUACUUAUCACUUUAAAAGAUACUUAAAAACGUCACAAAUUGGUUUGACCGAAUCCGUAAAAGGGGAUGCUCGACGUUUUGAGAUUUGGCUGCAGGGUCGAGCAGAGGUUCACACAAUUCAGGCAUCAAGUAUUGAUGUCAAACAGGCUUGGGUUCGACAAAUUAAAAACGUUCUCAUGUCACAACUUGCUGAACUUAAAGGGAAACAAAACACUGCUCUUCUUGGCAAAACCGGCCACAAGUACGGACCCCUCCGACAAACUAUUUCAUGGGAUGCCCAAAGUAGCCUUUCGGGAUCAUUACGUACACUGUCAGUUGACAGCAAUAGUAUGGUCUCGCAUCUUACCGAUGUUUCUCAGACGACGGAAAAUGAUGAUGUUGGCUGGAGCUCAGAAAAUAGCAAUACAGACGACGAAGACGCGUUUGGUGAUAUAUCUGGUCCUGCACCCGGUGGCAGAUACGUCGCGCUGGCUGACUACUGCGCCAUGGGUCAGUCGGAGGUGACGAUGCGCGAGGGUGACAAUCUGGAGCUGCUCAAAGUCGGCUGUGCUGGCUGGUGGUUCGUCAAGCUAAUCGGGGCAGGUAUCGAGGGAUGGGCACCUGCCUCUUAUCUCGAGCCCAUCAGUCGUAAGACCUGCCGCAGCUCGCAGUCGGUGAAUAGCAGUCAAGAGGCUAUGUGAAACAGGAGACUAACACACUAGAUCUGCGAUUUGGUGUGUUAGGUAUCUCUCCUUCUCUUCGGCUAACUUAGCUACUAUUCCUCGUCAUCCUCGUGAAACAGGAUUUCCCGUCAAGCAGUGAAGGCCAAUCUCGUAACUUAUCCUACGAGAGUUUUGUAUAUGUUUGGAUAAAUAUAUACAGUAAUGGUGUAGUAAAUUUUAGCGCGAAUGGUGCAAGUAAGUUUAGACCGUACAGUCAGAGUAUUAAUCCUUUAUGGUCCAACUUCCGUCAUUAUUUAAAGUUUAUCAACACUGCCGCUUAAAUGACAGUUGAUUUUUCUUGAUUUGGAAGUCAAUUUUCUUACCUACAGUUGUAACGAAUAGAUGGAGAAUGAAAAUGAUAGAUGCCGACGCUAAAGUCGUGUUAAACCAGUUCAGUGUAACGGUUAACACUGGGCAUUCGGAUACUAGUCGGCAAAACACUGCUUUUUUAGUUAUAUGAACAGUCGUAUUUAUUCACGGGCAUUUCGGUUUCAGUAUCGUAGUCUACGCUUAAAUUAUUUUCCCUCACUUCUAAUUGUAAGUCUUUUAGAAAAACUUACGAGUCGGUGCAAUAAAAAAUGAAUUGUUAAUCUAUUGUAUGGUAUAUGUAAAAAGUUAAUGAGGUAACUAGAUAUUAGCAGAUAGCAAAGUUGAAUUAAAACGUAUUUAUAUAUGUAUGAAAUAUGAAAUCAUGCCGUUGCAUAGUUUAAUGCAACAUCAAUUUGUAGAUGGGUGUAGUGAGUUUUUUGUACGGUACGUUUAAGGAAUCAACACCAAGUAUAAAGCGGAAUGGAAAUGGAUACGUGCUAUAUUGCCGGAAAUUCAUUUUCAUGGUAAAUCACUUAACGAUAUUGAACAUAGGCAAUAAUAAAAAAAGCAAGAUUUCUGAUGAUAAAGUUUAAAAUAUACAUUGCUAUCGCAGCUUUUUGUACAUGAAACUAAAAAAAAAAUUAACUAUCAGACCAGUUCUUAUAAAUGAGUACAUUUAUCUUGAUUGAAAAUAAUUCAACAUUGGUGAAUUUUAUUAAAAAGGCGUACAAAGUUUUUUAGCUAAUCUUUUGAUAUUUUCAGUUUUAUCGAAAUACAUGCUUGUAUAAAAAUAUCUUUCUUGAUAGGCAAAAAAUCAAAGUUUCAAGGUUUUUCAUUUUUAAAGGUGAUACAGUAUUUGACACCCAUCUAUCAUGCCGUCCUACAUGAAUUGACCUGCCUUUCUAACAAAAUUAUUGUAUUAUCUUUAAAUUAUUUUGUCAUCUUAAUCAUACAAUUUAUCUGUUGCACAAGAAAACUUGUUAUUUUGUUGAUAAAGAAUUGUUUACGCAUUCCUUUUUUACGAUAGUUAAAGCUAUGAUGCAAGCUCUUUUUAGGAUGAUAAAGUUGAAAUGAUAAUAUUUGUAUGUCAAGUCGGAUGCGAGCAAUUUUGUUUAUGCUCACUAUUACACAUUGAAAAAUGUUUUCUCACUAAUGUGAGAAGGCAGUAUUGCGACCAUAUUAUACACUUUCGCAUAGACAAUAAUAUUGUCCAAUUGUAGAAGAUGUAUAUGGCUCAUUAAAAUUUGUAUGAAAUAUAAUCGAGUUAAAUGUAAUCAUGUAGUGAUUAGCGCAUUAAUAAGACAAAAGAAAAACAUAAAAAUGUCUUACUUCCGUUACAUGCUGUGGCAAAUAGAAGGCGGUUUCUGCAAAAAAGCGAAAAAUAUCAUUAGCUCUUUAUAACGCGUUGAGCAUGACGGUUCCUUUAACGUUCCUUCAAAGACAGAUACAUUUUGACACUUCAACAUCGUGUUAUCUAUUUUUACAUUGAAUAAAGAAUAAAGCUAAAAUCGCUUCUAUUUGCAGAAAGAAAUUACGUUAAAAGUUAAAAAGCAACCACUGUUAUCAAGGGGCGCAGUAGCGCUUAAUAUAAUCAAUGAAAUUCUGUAGGGCUAGCCUUUCAAAUAUAAGGUAUACAUUGAUACUAUGAUAUGGACGAAGAUAAUUGUAAAAAUAGUAGAAUGAAGAUUUCUUUCGAAAAAUCAAACAUAGAGUACUUAAGAAAUUAAAGUGAGAUUUUAUAUUUAAAUUAAUUUUAAAAAAAAUUCGUUUAGUUUUUGUUAAUUAUGUUUGAAAAUUAAAAAAAAAAAUAAACCACUUUCAGUUGCCUUAUAAAUGAGAUAUUUUUAAAUUCUUUCAUAAAUUUUUGGCUGACUACAAAAACAAUUCAAAUUGAACAAAAAUUUGUAUAGAAUACUUAUAAACUCACUUUUGUCUAAUAUUAAAAUCUGUGCUCUUGUAUGCAAUGAAUGCAGGCAAAUUUCUUAUAAGCUUUUAUAUUAUAAGAGUUUUUACAAAGUAAAAUUCAAAAUUACUUUUAAAGUAAAUAUACUAUAUACAAUCUAGAACUGCAUUUUAAAAGUUAGAGGUAAAAACUUCAGAGUUCAUAGAUAAUAUAAGAAUUGAUACAAGUCAUUUUAUACAUUCCUUAAUUGUUUUAGUCUGGCUGUAAAAUAAGCUGAAAAAUACAAUUUUUUACGCAGCACGCAUCUAUACACACCUGGAGAAAAUAAAUUUAAUAUGCAGAAUUAAAAGUUCGACUAAAUUUACAAACAGAUAAAGUCCACGAGACAAAAAACUUCAUGUAUAUUGAGAAGCAAUCACAAAGGUAUAUAAACUAAAAAGUUUAGUAGUUACUACCUAUUGUAGCUUUUGAUGUGCAGGGUAUAUUAAAAGCUUUGGCAUCUGCGUCAUAAGAACAUAAAACAAUAAUUAUUGAAUUUUUCAUGCGCGUGCGAGGCACGUUAUAAAAAUUAUAUAUACAGUUGUGCCUGUAUAAAAUGAAAAAAGAAUAAUAAUAAAUAAACUGAUGACAUAAACUAAACAGGCUCUCAAUAUCGAUUACAGGAAUAAAAUUUUCUUGAAAAGAGCAACAGAAGAUAUUCAACUUGAUUCAUUGAUUCAGUUGAUAUAGCUUUGCUUUAUUCCAGGAAAUUUUAACUUAUACAACGAUAAAAUAGAACUAAAAAUGUUAAACUGAUUAUCAUGAAUUUAAAUCAUAAUCCUGCAACUUGAUUUGUAUAAAACAAGUAGAAGUACAUACAUGCAACAAUGUAUUAUGAGAAUUAUUAUGGAGACUAUACAUUAUUUAUUACAGAAUAUCUUAGUACAAAACAAAUUGAUUUUUGAUAGAAGUUUAUCAUUUGUAUAACUAUGGUAUUUAUUGUUUAAAUGUACAUAUUUGAUGCUGUCUAAUGUAUUUUGUAUUGAUUAUUGUAUACUUCAAACAUCUACUGAUGUUAAAGAAUUAAAAAAAAUAUUUGUACAAAAUGCAUAAGACAGAAUAAUUUGAUAAAUCCCACAAGAAUCAAUACUUGUAAUAUUGUUAUAAAAGUAAUCUAUGAAUAUGUAAAUAAAGAAUACAUAAUUAUGACCAUAA